UGGUGCGGCCGCGGCGGGCGUGAGCCCGCGUCCCGGCCGGCUGAGGGAUUGUGGGUAACGGAACCCACUGGCUGGGGCGGCUGGCUCCGCGCAGCAGGUUCCACUCACGUCUAGUCGGUUGGCAGUGGCGGUUGUAGUGCGAAGAGCAGCCGGAUGGAGCAGCCGUGGCCGCCGCCGGGACCCUGGAGCCUUCCUCGGGCUGAGCGUGAGGCUGAGGAAGAGAGUGACUUGGACGUGUCCCCGGGUUCUCCCCGCUGCCCGCAGCUGCCGGGCGGCGGCGCCCAGAUGUACAGUGAUGGAAUUGAACUGGCUUGCCAAAAACAAAAAGAGUUUGUGAAGAGCUCUGUAGCGUGCAAAUGGAAUCUCGCUGAAGCUCAACAGAAACUUGGUAGCUUAGCACUGCAUAACUCUGAGUCCUUGGAUCAGGAACAUGCCAAAGCACAAAUAGCAAUAUCAGAACUGAGGCAACGGGAAGAAGAAUGGCGACAGAAAGAAGAAGCUCUAGUACAAAGAGAGAGAAUGUGUCUGUGGAACAUGGAUGCCAUUAGCAAGGAUGUUUUUAAUAAGAGUUUUAUUAAUCAAGAUAAAAGAAAUGAGACAGAAGAUGAAGAUAAAUCAAAAUCAUUUAUGCAGAAAUAUGAACAAAAAAUUAGACAUUUUGGUAUGUUGAGUCGAUGGGAUGAUAGUCAAAGAUUUUUAUCUGACCAUCCUUAUCUUGUAUGUGAAGAAACUGCUAAAUAUCUUAUUUUAUGGUGUUUUCAUCUAGAAGCUGAACAGAAAGGAGCUCUGAUGGAACAAAUAGCACAUCAAGCUGUUGUAAUGCAGUUUAUUAUGGAAAUGGCCAAAAACUGUAAUGUGGAUCCAAGAGGGUGUUUUCGUUUAUUUUUCCAGAAAGCCAAAGCAGAGGAAGAAGGUUAUUUCGAAGCAUUCAAAAAUGAACUUGAAGCCUUCAAGUCAAGAGUCAGACUCUACUCUCAAUCACCAAAUUUUCAACCUAUGAUAGUUCAAAAUCAUGUUCCCCAUUCUGGUGUUGGAUCUAUAGGUUUAUUAGAAUCUUUACCACAGAAUUCAGAUUAUCUUCAGUAUUCUAUCAACUGCAGUUUAAAUUCAGUGGUACAUAAAGAAGAUGAUGAACCUAAAAUGAUGGACACUGUAUAAAUUGGUUAAGACUGCUGAGGCCAAGUGCUAUUUUGUUACAAGAAAGGAAGAACUUGGCUAUUUUCUUGACACUUUUAUGGGUGCUGCACUUUAUUUUUGUUUGGUUUUUGAUGAGAGGGGAAAAAGAGUACUGAAAACAUUUUGUAAAUUUUUUUUAUGUGCUGCUAGGUUUUUUUUUUUUUCCCUGAAGAAAGGAGUGGUACCAUAUGUUGUGGGACAUGAAACUGGACUUUUUAUUUUGGCUACUAAAUUUGCCUUUAAUCUUACUGUUCUCAAUUUUGGAAUCAAAGUAUGAAAAUCUGCACAAAUGUGAUUGUUUACAAGAACUGGUUGAUUCUAGGAGGCAUCUGCUACAGUCUCUUUUUACAUGGAUGUGUACAUGUCCUACUCUGCAAAAAUGAUUAAAGAGAAAAAUGUACUUGUAUCCUAUUGCUAAUUUAGCUGUCAAAUCUGGUAUUUCAUCCUAUUAAAAGCAAUAAAUCAAUAGUUGAUUAUCUACUUACUAAAUUAAGGUGGAUAAACAAAUUAAAAGUACCCUGAAAAUAAUUUGUAUUUUUCGACACCAUCAGUUAACUUCAUGACUAUAUCAAAUUAUGUAGACACUAAUUUACCUUCUCAGUAUCCUCAAAACUGGAUCUGGACCAUUGUUCAGUGGGUAAGGUGCUUGCCAUUCACAUGGCCAACCUGGGUUCAGACUCUAGCACCCCACAUGGGUCUCCUGAGUAUCGCCAGGAGUGAUCUCUGAGCACAGAGCCAGGAGUAAGCCCUGAGCAUAGUUGGGUAUGGCCCAAAAACCAGGGUGUAAAAAACCAAACUUCCUAAAACAGUAUUCCUUAGUAGUUGAUUUUAUUCUGUUGAUCUUUUAAUAUUGAGGAUUAGUGGUGACUUAAAAGUGAUACUUUUUUUUUCUUAACAAUCCCAACCAACUUCAAGCAUGCUGUUUCUUUGCAAAAUGUAGUCUGGGAAUCUCUCAGGGAAAAAGUUUAAAAGAAUAUUAAUGGCUUAUUAGAUCAAACAUGAGGAAUCUGAUUUUCAGUCGUUUCAUUCUGAUGUACCCAAGGACUUUUUAAAAAAGAGAUGUCUUGUUUGAGCUCAGUGUACCAAGCUACUGGCUUGUUUCAAGAGUUUGAGCACCCUUAUUGGUAAUGAUGCCUUUUACUAUUUUUUUCAUUUUUAACUGUUAACGCAAAAUGUUUCUAAACAUUACUCCUAUAUAAACCACUUCAAAUGUGUUGAGGUAUUUGGUGAAUCAUUUUUAUUUGAAAUAAGAUGAAAGUACUUAUGUUGUCAUUAUUUGAGGAUUAAUAUGAUUUACAGGAUCAUGGACUUUGAUUUGUAUUGGGUAAAGUCUGGUUCAGUCCCAUUAAGAUGUGUAGAACAUUUAGAAAACUUGUUUCAACUUGAGAAACCAAAUAAUGCUAAGGCAUCAACCCAUAUGGUGAUCAGGCCUCUGACCUUGGCCUCAUUUGCACUUUUUUUUAAACAGAAAAUGAGACACUUAGUACCCAUAAAAAAUGGACUGGAAUUACUGAACAAUAUCUCUGUAACAUCACUAUCUUCCUGAUUUUCAGAAUAAAACUUUCUGUGCUUUUGAUAUAAAUAUAUACUCUAAUAAAAGUGUUAUACUAAUUUA